UUCAGCUCCUCCAUUCCCAUCUGUCGUUAUAUCCUUUGUUAUAUGGCAUUGCACUGCUACUGUUGCUCUCUCGAAGUUUCUUCUCGGGUUCGGAACAGAAAUAAUCUUUCUAGACACUCGCCUAUAUGAAGUGUCUCAUUGCCGGUUAACGUUAAUGCAAUCAAAUUGUUCAUGUAUGCUCCUUCUCCUGAGCCCUUCAAGUUGAUGGAAGCUCCAGGUUGGUUGGACUGACUUGUGGCUCCUGGUGAUGUCAAUGAAAUCUGCUCUACGUCUUUUAUGAUGUAGUAUGAUACGAUGAACGUCGGACAUUCAUGAACUGGUACGCACGUCCUUCAUCCAUCUGUCACGCUCCAUUUGAAAUUCAUUUAUUUCUCAAACCGGCUUUCGAGGUAUUCACUUGAAUUUCAGCACCUGCUGGAGGUGGAGUACUCAGUAACUCCAGUCUCUCCUCGUGAGAGAAACAUAUUUUAGUGUGUAUUUCGCCUCGGCCGGGAUUCUGAUGUUGAUACAAAUUCUGGUGGGCAGUCAAUCAAUUCAUCCUCACCUUUGAACUUCCUGCUGCAGCCGGAGCCAUUCUACUUAUACAUGGUUUUUCGAGGACAGUUUCCGUGCUUACGCCCACAUGACAACCUAUAUAAUAAUCGGACGCACUUUGACUUGCCGCAUUCUGGACCAGUGCCUGUAUCAUCACCCCGAUGAUGUAGGUACUGACACUCCAUCUGUAUUCAAGUACAGGAAUAGCUCUUUAUCGAAGGUCUUCUUCAUCGGCGGAUCCAAGAUGUGUCUCCCCUUGGGUCAUCGACUACGAAAAUGAGUUAAAUAUGGACAUGAAUGCUUCACUCUGACAUCACUGUUUGUUCGCCGUUAACAGGUUUGUUGUCAAAUACUCAGACUUCUUCGAAUACGCAGCAUACGUCGUCCUCAGCAACUGUCUCUCCACCCUCUAGUUACUCCCAUAUCACAAGCUCAAUACCAUCGCUGAAUUCUCAUGCUGUCUAGCAUUUUCCGUCCCACCUUCCCUCAACACAACGACCGAACGGGAUAUUGCGAGGAGACGGGCGACGGCCCUCGUCAUAGUCCAAAAAAUGUACAUCCGAAAGCAGCAAGUCCUCACGGCUCAAUUAAUACAUGUUAAGCUUCUAUCAGAUAUGUAAUUCUGGCGGUACCGACGUAGAAAUACCAGCCCAGUAACAUAAUACACCUGUGGAGCCUGUCAAAUUGGAAUGCCAGGGAUCUUCUGUCAUGUCGGGAGUUUUCCUUCAUUCAAGCAUCCAAUUCAACAUGCUCGUCGGUCAUGUAGAACUCCUUCGCAUCAUUGGAACUUCUUUUCGAGUGUUUCCAGUCGUCUCCGGUUCGCCACCAACCCGAGAAGUUUACACCAAAUGGACUUUCCCUGCGAUACAGUGCUGCUAUUCGCUGCUACUAUCCUCAAAGCAGCCUGGGACACACCUGAUGGAACGUCUUCUGCUCUUCCUGGCCGCAGGAAGCAUAUAAAGGGGCUCUCGGCCUCACUAACUUCCUCAGCAACUGCAGCCCACUCGCAGCUCUUUGAACCCUUCAACCUCCCUCACUCUCCAAACUCGUUCAAUAUGUUCUCCCGUCUCGUAGCCUUUGUCGCUCUCGCCUCGCCUCUUCUUGCGGUCGCCACACCUGCAGUCAUUGCUCGCAAUGAGCCCGCCAGCGACUGCAGCACCGCCCCCAUUCAAUGCUGCGACACUGUCACAAAGGCCGAUUCCGCAGACGCGGCUGGUGUGCUUGGCGCCUUGGGCAUCGUCCUCCAAGAUAUCGAUGCUCUUGUGGGGCUCACUUGCUCUCCCAUCUCCGUCAUCGGCGUUGGUAGUACUGGCUGCAGUGCCUCCCCGGUUUGCUGCGAGGACAACAGUCACGGCGGCUUCAUUUCCAUCGGCUGCGUUCCUGUUGACUCGUAAAUGACAAGGGUGAAUUCCUAGGAGGGGUUGUAUACCAGUACACGGUGGGCGUACUAGCGUCGAUAAGGAACUAGAUAUAUGUUUGCUAUUGGAAUACUCGGAAUAUAGUCUCAUUUGUUCCGUGAGAAGACCAAAGUGGGCGUUGAUAUUAAAUCAACACUUAUUCAACAUUUGCAGCAACGGAAAUAAGUACCUGUCUAGGUUUAUACAGGGUAAAAUGGUACACAAUUACAAUGGAACAAAUGCGUAGCCUGCGAGUGAACGACAAUACGAGGAUUGAACGACCGAGAUAUGCUAGGGAAUAGCAGAAUGCACAAGAUCAAAGUAUGCA